AUGUCAUCACCAAAUAGAAGAAGAGACUUGGAUCUCACCAAAUUAAUGAUGAGUGAUUAUGAAGUUACCAUGGAUGGCGAUUCUAUGGCACAAUUUUUUGUAAAAUUUAAAGGACCAAGUGAUAGUCCUUAUUUUGGUGGUUGUUGGAAGGUUAGAGUUGAAUUACCUCCAGCCUAUCCAUAUAAAUCACCUUCAAUUGGUUUCACAAAUAAAAUUUAUCAUCCAAAUGUCGAUUUAGCUUCUGGUUCAGUUUGUUUAGAUGUUAUUAAUCAAACUUGGAGUCCAAUGUUUGACCUUAUAAAUAUUUUUGAAAUCUUUUUACCACAAUUACUUUUAUACCCAAAUCCAACUGACCCAUUAAAUGGUGAAGCUGCAUCGAUGCUUUUAAAGGAACCUGAAAAAUAUAAGAUAAAAGUAAAAGAAUUUGUUAAUAAAUAUGCAUCAGAUAAUUCUGAAAAUGAUGAAAGUGAAUCAGAAAGUGAUCUUUCAUCAUACUCUGACUCUUCUGAUAAUGAUGAUAAUGACAACAAUGAAAAAUUCCCUAUUGAUGAUCUUUAA